UACGGAUGGCGGGCUUUCUGCAAUGGGGCUGCUUGAGCAGGAGAUUUCAAACAGUUUGAAAAAAUGUUAAUGUGUCCUGAAAUUUUAAUGUAAAGCAACUGUGGAAAUAGCCAUAGCUUUGUGAGGAUUAUUAAAUUGUCACAAUACCAUAUACUCCAAUUCAGGUAGCUGAUAACUGUUUUCAAAGCAUUCCUUUAAGGACAAGACAAGGAAACAAUGCCAUAAUAGAUGUCAGUUUCAAUCAUAGCCAUGUAACAGGGAUGCUGUAGAACUGUCCAACCAAUUACCAUCAUGCCUUCCGAUUAUCAUAUCAUUUAUGAGGGAUUAGUGUAUGGCCAAGACCUUUUGUAAGCAAACCUUUGGUAUUAAAGCUAGCGUUGCUCAUAUACUUGUAGUGAGUGAUUUAGCAUAGUUUAGUGAGUGAAGCACUGUAUGAGAUUGCAGGAGGUUGUCUUGGUGUAGAAACACGAAUCUCUAUUCCGCAUCUGUAUAACACACAAAAUAUUCGACUAUGAGAAUGCAAUGUGAAAACCCUUUAUUUUUUUAUCUUCCUUUCCCAGGUGUGUCAUCUGUCACUCUGGAUACAAUCCAUGGGGGCAUAAUGGUUAUGGAAAGAAGCAUUGUACUUCUGGCACUCUCAGAACAAAUGGAAGAUAUGUGGUAGUCCCCACUAUGAGAAGACGUGAUGACUGUGAUAUAAAUUUACAAUUACUUGGUUUUCCAACUUCAGUGGGAAUUCACCAACAAACUCUCAUUGGAGAAAAACCUAAUGAGUCCAGGAAUAUGGAAAUUCAUCUCUCUCUACUGGUUCAAUGUGCAUAUGUAGUGUGGCUCACAGUAUAAGAAAAUGUUAUAAAUGCAAUCAGUCUGGUCAGACACUGAGUUCUUCAAGUUAUGUUCAUAGAUGUGAAAAAUCUCAUGUGGGAAGAGAAAAUAAUAAAUGUGAGUCAUCUACUAAAGGCUUUAGGCUUGACAGGCAUCGUCAAUCACACCAAAGAACCAAUAACGAAGAGGCUCUCCAUGAAUGUAAUCAACAUGAUAAACCCUUUAUAUCUGAUUGCUCUUUAAAAGAACACCAAAAAACUCAUUUGGAAGGAAAACCCUAUGAGUAUAAUCAAAGGAAUAAAGCCUUUGCAUAUGACAGUCUUCCACAUCAAGUACAGAGAAUUCAAACUCCAGAGAAAUGCUGUGAAUGUAAUCAAUGUAGUAAAGACUUUGUACAGAUGAGUGAUCAUCACAGACAUGAAAGAAUUCAUACUGGAGAGAAACCAUAUGAAUAUAAUCAAUGUAAUAAAGCCUUUACAAGAAAGAAUAGUCUUCACAGUCAUGAACGAAUUCAUACUGGAAAGAAACUCUAUGAGUGUAAUGAAUGUGGUAAAACAUUUGCACAAAAGAAUAAUCUUCAAAGUCAUGAAAGAAUUCAUACUGGAGAGAAACCAUAUGAAUGUGAUCAAUGUGGUAAAGCCUUUGCAUGGAAGAGUCAUCUUGAAAGUCAUGAAAGAAUUCAUACUGGAGAGAAACCGCAUGAAUGUAAUCAUUGUGGUAAAGCCUUUGCAAUGAAGAGUUAUCUUCUCAACCAUGAAAGAAUUCAUACUGGCGAGAAACCCUAUAAAUAUAAUCAAUGUGGUAAAGCCUUUGUACAGAAGAAUAACCUUCUAGGUCAUGAAAGAAUUCAUACUGGAGAGAAACCAUAUAAAUGUAAUCAAUGUGGUAAAACCUUUGCACAUAAGAUUUCUCUUCAAUGUCAUGAAAGAAUUCAUACUGGAGAGAAACCCUAUGAAUGUAAUCAAUGUGGUAAAGACAGCGAAUAUGUAGAUAAACUUAAGUUUGGAGAUUCUGAAAAAUGA